AUGUCGACCUUGGGAGAUAGUGAAGAUAUCUGGCCACUUUCCGGCAAUCGAUUGGAUUCGAAAUACGAAAAAUGCCGUAAUAUAACAGAAGAGAUAUAUAAAAGGAUAAAUAUUACGUUUCAAAUAAAAAAAUUGGAGUCUGAAGUUCAUAGUGACUUGUCGGACAACAGUGACCAAAUAGACAGCAACGAUCUCAGUAAUGAAACGGACCUGUUUGCGUGCGACAAGAGCGACUCCAUAUCGAGCAGCACGGAGGCCGAGCGGCCGACGGUAACAUGCGAGAAAUAUAUCAAUAUCAACAAUAAUGAGGAGACCAAGAUGAAGAAGGGUGCCACUACUGUUUAUAAGAGGCCUAGGAAGCGAUUCCGUAAAAGAGUGAAGAAGCGCCAGUCAAAGUCAGCUCGGAGUGACUCGGAGGGCUCGAGCGACGAGGCCGUCCCUCUCAGCAGGAUUAUAGAAGUGGACAGCAAGUGCAUCAACUCGGAGUCUCCGGAUAAUGUGAUGGGAGUGCCCAAUAUCGUUAUAUUGACUAGAGACUUAAAACCAAAAAUCCAACAAGAAAAGAAGUCUCCAAAGUCUAUCCCGCCACAAACUAAGACAGAAGAAACAUCCCCACCACAGAAAACAGAACGAAAACCCACACCACUGCAGAAGAUGACAGAAAUAAGUCCCGCCUCUCUGCAAAAGACAGAAGUAAGCCCCGCCUACAAUCAGAAUGUGACAGAAAUUAGCCCCGCCUCCCAGCAGAAGGUGACAGAUAUAAGCGCCGCCCCUCUGCGGCAGAAAGAAGAGAAAGGAGCGAGUGAGUGGAAGAACUGUACAAUGUGCAGUCUUUCUUUUCGAGGAGAAAGAGGAUUGAGACGCCACAUGACGAUGUCUCACAUAUUAAACGAUGAAGAAACAAAGAAGUCCAGUAAACCGGAGCAACGACAUUCGACCAUUACAAGUGGGUAA